UGGAAAAGCAGAUCCACGAUGUGUAAUUAUACAUUUACAGGUAGAUUCUGAAGAGCCAGUCUUUGAGGCUGUCAUCAACUGGGUGAAGCAUGCCAAGAAGGAGCGAGAAGAAUCCUUGCCUGACCUGCUACAGUAUGUGCGGAUGCCCCUGCUGACACCCAGGUAUAUCACAGAUGUAAUAGAUGCUGAGCCUUUUAUCCGCUGUAGUUUACAGUGCAGGGAUCUAGUUGAUGAAGCGAAGAAGUUUCAUCUGAGGCCUGAACUUCGGAGUCAGAUGCAGGGCCCCAGGACAAGGGCUCGUCUAGGAGCCAAUGAAGUGCUUCUGGUCGUUGGGGGCUUCGGAAGCCAGCAGUCUCCCAUCGAUGUGGUGGAAAAAUAUGACCCCAAGACUCAGGAGUGGAGCUUUUUGCCAAGCAUCACUCGUAAGAGACGUUACGUAGCCUCAGUGUCCCUACAUGACCGGAUCUAUGUAAUUGGUGGCUAUGAUGGCCGUUCCCGCCUCAGUUCAGUGGAAUGCCUGGAUUACACAGCGGACGAGGAUGGGGUCUGGUACUCUGUGGCCCCUAUGAAUGUCCGACGAGGCCUUGCUGGGGCCACCACCCUGGGAGAUAUGAUCUAUGUCUCUGGAGGCUUUGAUGGAAGCAGGCGUCACACCAGUAUGGAGCGAUAUGACCCCAACAUUGACCAGUGGAGCAUGCUGGGAGACAUGCAGACAGCCCGGGAAGGCGCCGGACUAGUAGUGGCCAGUGGAGUGAUCUACUGUCUAGGAGGAUAUGAUGGCUUGAAUAUCUUAAAUUCAGUCGAGAAAUACGAUCCCCAUACAGGACACUGGACCAAUGUUACACCAAUGGCCACCAAGCGUUCUGGUGCAGGAGUAGCCCUGCUGAAUGACCAUAUUUAUGUGGUGGGGGGAUUCGAUGGUACAGCCCACCUUUCUUCUGUUGAAGCAUACAACAUUCGCACCGAUUCCUGGACAACUGUCACUAGUAUGACCACUCCACGAUGCUACGUAGGGGCCACAGUGCUUCGGGGAAGACUCUAUGCAAUUGCAGGAUAUGAUGGUAAUUCCCUGCUGAGCAGUAUUGAGUGCUAUGACCCUAUCAUCGACAGCUGGGAAGUGGUGACAUCCAUGGGAACCCAGCGCUGUGAUGCUGGUGUGUGUGUUCUCCGAGAGAAGUGACCAUUGUUGGAACACCAUCCAGAGCUUGUGACCAGUCCAAAGGACAGUUUGUGGGAGAAUCAAGGAUCCUUUUCAGAAUGUUUGUUUCUCACUCUGUGCACAGAGUGAUUAUAGGCACCGGUGCAGUGAUGAUUGUACUUAUUUGACACACACUCCCCUUUGUGCUGGUUGUUGUCCCCGAGAAGGGUGGGUGACAGAUAUCCAAGGGAAGAGAACGCACACUGAAUGGAUGUCAGAAACCAGACACCUCUCCCUCUGGUUUGGAGAGCACUUUCUUGUCAUUUCUAACUACCAUGUGCUUGGGAAGCUAUACAUAAGUUAUGCCUCAUAUAUUGCAGACAACUAAGGUGAGUGUGGCCUACUAGAUGUGGGCAAUAUCCAGGCUAGAUAAUUAGAAGGAUACCAACUUGAGUAAGUUUGGUAAAAUCCAAGUGUUUUUGUUUUUUUCUAGGAACAAAUAUUCUAAUCUACAGGUAGGUAGGGGCAACACAGUUUCAUUCUGGAGGAAAACAAAAGGGAGAGCCCUAACAAAACUUUGGGGACCAGGGAGAGAGAUUCAUGUGACACUCCCUUGGGGGGGCAGGGUUGGUAUAUCAGAACUGAGGUUGGGGUAAGUGAAGUAAACUGAAUUUAAUGGAAUGUGAGUGAACCUCAAACACCACUGAAGUAUAACCUGGAAGACUGAAAAAGGUAUAUUAUUUGAAGGACUUUUUAUUUCCCCAAGGUCUUUGUAGAGUGUCGAGCAUCUUGGCACUGGAGACUGAGAAAAUAACAGUGAACAAAUGUUGGGAUAAGAGGAGAUGGCAUAAAUGUGGGCGUUCAGUAUACCUGGGGAUGAAUUAGAAGUACCUGUGAUUUUACAAUCGUCUUAUUCUCUGCCAGGGCUCAUCUAGCCAUGGCAAUGUUUGCUCGGAAUGGGUGAAAGACUUUCUGUGUUGAAUCAAAUACUACUACACUAUUACUGUUACACUUCCACGUUAUUUAUUUGGGGAUGGGUUGGGGGUGGCAGCAGCCUAGGAGUUCAGCUACCUGAUUACUGCCCCAUUCUUUUAAGGGCACACUUCUGCUAAGGAGUGGUUUUUACUGCUGUGUUUGGUACAUUUAGUCUUUUUCCUGCUAUAAGUGUCCCUUACCUGUCCUUAGAGUGGAUUUUAUUCAUCUCAGAAUAGUCAACAACAACCAAGCUUCUUUUGUUAGUUCCAGUACCUCUGCUAUCAACAUUUCUGAGCUACCAGUCAAGGCUUGUCUGUGUCAUGGAGUGAAAUUCUUGUUUUAUGGGUACUGGGAGUGUGGGGAUAUGAUAAUCUAAACAAGGAUGCACUUUCCCUUUGUUCUGAAAUUCCAUUUUUUCCUCUUACCCUGAAUUGUAUUGACCUACAGAAUUAAUUUCCUUUGUAUUUUUUUAAGAAAAUAUUAAAAAUCAACUGUCUC